AUUGCCUUCAAUAAUUCCUCUCCUUCAUCUUCUUGCUUUCUCCCUCUAAAAUUAGGACACAAUCUAUGAAAACACUCAGAUCUAGGAGGUGCCAGCAAAUCCUCCAACUUUCCAUAAUCCUCUGUUUGAGCUUCGUCUCCUGUUGGGGCUUUCUCAAGCUAAUAGAUUUAUAUUCUGCUUUUGUCUUUGAAUCAUCGCGUAGCUUUGGAAGUUUAAUGUAGAGCUCUCUGUCUGACGGCUUUGCUGUUCAACGUCGAAUCAGUGGUUAGCGUUUCUUGUUGAGUUCGAUUUGGUUUGAUUUAGCUGAGUGGGGCUCGUGUGAUUUGCUGGAUUCUUCAGGGUGUCUGAUUGACUUGGGUACCGCGGAAACUGAUCUUGGGACGAGGUGAUCCUUGAAGAUGUUGACGAAGUUCGAAACCAAGAGUAAUAGAGUAAAGGGACUGAGUUUCCACGGUAAAAGACCGUGGAUCCUGGCAAGUCUUCACAGUGGUGUGAUCCAGUUAUGGGACUAUCGCAUGGGCACUCUCAUUGACAGAUUUGACGAGCACGAUGGACCUGUACGAGGUGUCCACUUUCACAAAUCUCAGCCGCUGUUUGUCUCUGGAGGGGAUGACUACAAGAUAAAGGUUUGGAACUACAAGAUGCAUAGGUGUCUGUUUACUCUUUUGGGGCACCUGGAUUAUAUCCGCACUGUGCAGUUUCAUCAUGAGUUCCCAUGGAUUGUGAGUGCCAGUGAUGACCAGACUAUUCGUAUUUGGAAUUGGCAAUCACGUAACUGUAUAUCUGUCUUGACUGGCCACAAUCAUUAUGUAAUGUGUGCAUCUUUCCACCCUAAAGAGGAUCUCGUUGUUUCUGCCUCAUUGGAUCAGACUGUUCGGGUUUGGGAUAUUAGUUCUCUUAAAAAAAAGCAGACUCCUUUUCCUUCAGAUGACUUGUUGAGAUUUAGUCCAGAUCUUUUUGGUGGUAUUGAUGCUGUUGUCAAGUAUGUUUUGGAAGGUCAUGAUAGAGGAGUCAAUUGGGCUGCGUUCCAUCCCACGCUCCCUCUCAUUGUCUCAGGAGCAGAUGAUAGGCAGGUUAAAAUUUGGAGAAUGAAUGAGACAAAGGCUUGGGAAGUGGAUACUUUAAGGGGGCACAUGAAUAAUGUAUCAUGUGUUAUGUUCCAUUUAAAACAAGACAUAAUUGUCUCUAAUUCCGAGGAUAAAAGUAUUCGAGUAUGGGAUGCAACAAAGAGGACUGGAAUUCAAACUUUUCGACGGGAGCAUGACCGUUUUUGGAUUCUUGCUGCACACCCUGAAAUGAAUCUGUUGGCAGCUGGUCAUGAUAGUGGCAUGAUUGUCUUUAAACUGGAGAGAGAACGACCAGCCUUUGCAGUUAGUGGAGACUCUUUACUUUAUGCUAAGGACCGGUUUUUGAGACUCUAUGAGUUUUCAACACAACAUGAUACACAAGUGGUUUCAAUUCGACGACCUGGUCUCAAUCAAAGUCCAAAAACUCUUUCCUACAGUCCAACUGAAAAUGCUGUCCUCCUUUGUUCAGAUGUAGAUGGGGGAUCUUAUGAGUUAUAUAUCAUAUCCAAGGAUGCCAUUGGUAGGGGUGAUAUGCAAGAUGCAAAGAAAGGAGCAGGAGGAUCAGCUCUUUUUGUAGCUAGGAACAGGUUUGCUGUGCUUGACAAAAGUAGCAACCAAGUUUUAUUGAAGAAUUUGAAAAAUGAGAUUGUUAAGAAGAGUGCACUGCCAAUUGCCACAGAUGCUCUCUUCUAUGCAGGAACAGGUAACUUAUUAUGCAGGGCAGAGGAUAGGGUGGUUAUAUUUGAUCUUCAGCAGAGGAUUGUUCUUGGUGAUCUUCAGACUCCCUCUGUCAAGUAUGUUGUUUGGUCUAAUGAUAUGGAACGCAUUGCCUUGCUGAGCAAACAUGCCAUUGUCAUUGCUAGCAAGAAGCUUGUGCAUCAAUGUACUUUGCAUGAGACAAUCCGUGUAAAAAGUGGAGGCUGGGAUGAAAAUGGUGUCUUUAUUUACACGACUUUAAAUCACAUAAAAUACUGUCUUCCAAAUGGAGAUAGUGGCAUAAUAAAAACACUUGAUUUCCCAAUUUACAUUGCUAAGAUUUCUGGAAAUACAAUCUUCUGCUUGGAUCGAGAUGGGAAAAGCAGAGCCAUAGUUAUUGAUGCUGCCGAGUAUUUAUUCAAACUUUCUCUGCUGAGGAAAAAGUAUGAUUUUGUUAUGAACAUGAUAAGAAACUCACAACUCUGUGGUUUGGCUAUGAUUGCUUACCUACAACAGAAGGGUUUCCCUGAGGUUGCACUUCAUUUUGUUAAGGAUGAGAGAACUCGGUUCAAUUUGGCUCUAGAGAGUGGGAACAUUCAAAUAGCAGUUGCAUCAGCUACAGCAAUUGAUGAGAAAGAUAACUGGUAUCGACUAGGAGUUGAGGCUCUUCGCCAGGGUAAUGCUGGUAUAGUGGAGUAUGCAUACCAGAGGACCAAAAAUUUGGAGAGAUUGUCAUUCCUUUAUCUUAUAACUGGAAACAUGGAAAAACUUUCCAAAAUGUUGAAGAUUGCUGAAGUCAAGAAUGAUGUGAUGGGUCAGUUUCACAAUGCCUUAUAUUUGGGUGAUGUUAGUGAACGCAUUAAGAUCUUGGAAAAUGCAGGCCAUCUGCCUCUUGCUUACAUCACUGCAUCAGUUCAUGGGCUGAAUGAUGUUGCUGAACGGCUUGCAGCUGAACUGGGGGACAAUAUUCCUUCUUUGCCGGAGGGAAAAGUACCAACACUCCUGAUGCCCCCACCCCCUGUUUUGUCUGCUGGUGAUUGGCCUCUUCUUCGGGUUAUGCGAGGCAUAUUUGAAGGUGCACUCAACAAUAUUGGUCAGGAUGGGAUUGGCGAAGAGGAUGAAGCUGCUGAUGGUGAUUGGGGUGAGAGGCUAGACGUGGAUGGUGAAGAUGGCUUACAAAAUGGGGAGGUUACGAGCAUUCUGGAGGAGGAUGGAGAUGCAGCUGAAGAAAAAGAAGGAGGAGGAUGGGAUCUUGAAGAUCUUGAACUUCCUCCUGAAUUAGAUACCCCUAAAACUUCUGUAAAUAGCCAUUCCACGGUGUUUGUUACUCCAACAUUUGGCAUGCCAGUGAACCAGAUAUGGAUCCAGAAAUCAUCUCUUGCAGCUGAGCAGGCUGCUGCUGGCAACUUCGACACUGCAAUGCGGUUGCUUAAUAGGCAACUUGGCAUUAAAAAUUUUGCUCCCUUUAAAUCUCUGUUCCUUGAUCUUCAUACUGGUAGCCAUUCAUAUCUGCGUGCAUUUCCAGCAGUUCCAGUGGUUUCACUGGCAGUAGAAAGAGGAUGGAGUGAGUCUGCUAGCCCAAAUGUGAGGGGUCCACCAGCACUUGUGUUCAGUUUUUCUCAAUUAGAAGAGAAGCUUAAAGCUGGUUAUAGGGCAACAACAUCUGGGAAAUUCACGGAGGCUCUUCGGCUUUUCACUAGCAUUCUUCAUACAAUUCCCGUUAUUGUUGUUGAGUCAAGAAGGGAAGUUGAUGAAGUGAAGGAGUUAGUUAUCAUUGUUAAAGAGUAUGUCUUGGGUCUGCAAAUGGAGCUGAAGAGAAGGGAGAUGAAGGAUAAUCCAAUACGCCAGCAAGAGCUUGCAGCAUAUUUCACUCACUGCAACCUUCAAAUGCCUCACCUGAGGCUAGCCUUGCUAAAUGCAAUGACUGUCUGCUAUAAGGCAAGGAACCUUGCCACUGCUGCUAAUUUUGCCAGAAGGCUACUUGAGACUAAUCCCACCAUUGAAAACCAAGCUAAGAUGGCGAGACAAGUGCUAACGGCUGCAGAAAAGAAUAUGACAGAUGCCACUGAAUUGAACUAUGAUUUCCGGAACCCAUUUGUGAUUUGUGGUGCAACCCAUGUGCCAAUUUAUCGAGGCCAGAAGGAUGUUUCCUGCCCAUAUUGUAGUUCUCGGUUUGUGCCUAGUCAGGAGGGGCAGCUUUGUACUGUUUGUGACCUUGCAGUUGUAGGUGCAGAUGCUUCUGGUUUACUAUGUUCUUCUUCGCAGAUACGGUGAUUAAAGUAGUGGACAAGGACCAUACGUCAACCAUAGUUUCAGGUCGCUAUUUAGAAGGGAUGAGAUUGUUUGAUCCGACUCUUAGCAUAUGAAGGUAACUGAUAGCAAUGGCAAACAAGUUCCCCGUGUCUUGUUCAUCCCCUUUUUAUGUCUAUCUUCUUGCUUUUAUUUAGCUGAUAAUGGUUUUUAAUAUAAUAAGGCAAUAAGCACAUUUUGGUAAUUCAACCUUUGGUAAUUUUUGUUUGUUGUUCAAAGACGAGAAUGCUCUCUCCCUUUUUUUUUUAAAUUAUGUUUCAUAUAGGGAGGCAAACUUGUGAAUACAAGCAGAUGCCAUUGGGCAAUGUUUCUUAUUUUUCUCUAACAAAUCAAUGUUUCAAUUGAUUGGCUGUGAAAGAAAUACCUUGGUUUGAGAAGUUACCGGAAGCUCAGUGUUAUUAUUGAUGGCAGUUUAUCAGAGCUGUAUGUGAGCGACGCUAUGUCAGCAGUGAUAACUUUUGUAUAAUUUCCACUUUGAUAUAUGCUUUGCAUAUUGUUCAAUAAAUUUGGUGAUGGCGAAUGUUUUGCUGAAA